GUCGUCAGCGUUAGCCAAUGGGCAUUGGCCCACUCGUGUCUUGCUUCUCCCACCAUCGCCCCCCUCAAUCGACCGACUUCCGGCAUCACCCAGCAACGUUCUUUCCGUCCCUAACAGCGGCACGGUCAUCUUUGCCGCUAUUUAACAGCUCCAACUCGUUCAUCAAUCUUGAGGUCAGGGACUGUAAAGCAGGACAUCCUAUCCGCAAUUAUGACUUACGGAGGUUCAUCCAGUGGUGGUGGCGGCGGUGGCAGUUAUCGUGCUGGUGGAGGUGGUGGUCAACGUGGAGGACCUCCCCGAAACGGGUAUGGGGGUGGUGGUGGCGGUGGUGGAAGUAGAUUCGGUGGUAGCCGAGGCGGCAACGCCGGCUCCAGCAAUCGCUUUGGCAAUCGCGGUGGAAACAUGAAGGGCAGAAAUGGCAGUGCUGGAGGUACUCUUCGUAAGCCAAAUUGGGAUUACGAGAAUCUUAAGCCUUUCAAGAAGGAAUUCUAUGUUCCUCACGCUGAUGUGGCGAACAGACAUCCGCGCGAGGUUGAGGCUUAUCGUGGUGAGAAACAGAUAACUCUUAAGGGUGACAAAAUUCCCAAUCCAAUUCAGUACUUCGAGGAGGGAAAUUUUCCUGAUUAUGUGAUGCAAGGGAUAAGGAAGCAAGGUUUCUCAGAGCCAACGGCCAUUCAGGCUCAAGGCUGGCCCAUUGCCAUGUCAGGCGGCAAUAUGGUGGGUAUUGCACAAACAGGAUCUGGCAAAACCUUGGGAUACAUUCUCCCAGCAAUUGUUCACAUCAACAGUCAGCAGCCUCUUAAUCGUGGAGAUGGACCCAUUGCUCUGGUGCUGGCACCAACCAGGGAGUUAGCCCAGCAGAUACAGACGGUUGCGCAGGACUUUGGAUCCCUAUCUUAUGUGAGGAACACCUGUAUCUUUGGUGGUGCGCCCAAAGGAGGACAGGCGAGAGACCUAGAGCGAGGCGUAGAAAUUGUCAUUGCCACACCUGGACGUCUCAUUGAUUUCCUUGAACGUGGCACUACCAAUCUCAGGAGGUGCACUUACCUCGUGCUUGACGAGGCUGAUCGCAUGUUGGAUAUGGGUUUCGAGCCUCAGAUCAGAAAGAUCAUUGAACAGAUCAGGCCUGACAGGCAGGUACUCAUGUGGUCAGCCACUUGGCCGAAGGAGGUUAGGAAUCUUGCUGAGGAAUAUCUCACUGAUUACACCCAACUAAAUAUUGGCUCUCUUUCGCUGUCUGCGAAUCAUAAUAUUCUACAGAUUGUUGAUGUUUGUCAGGAGCAUGAGAAGGAGUCAAAAUUGGGAACUCUUCUUCAGGAAAUUGGCAAUGUUAAUGAUGAUGGUGGCAAAACAAUCAUCUUCGUGGAGACAAAGAAAAAAGUUGAAAAUAUCACAAAUAAUAUUCGUCGCUAUGGGUGGCCAGCAGUUUGUAUGCACGGCGAUAAAUCACAACAAGAACGUGAUUAUGUUUUAAGAGAAUUUAGGAAUAAAAAAGGCUCCAUCCUUGUAGCAACAGACGUUGCAGCACGUGGAUUAGACGUCGAUGAUGUGAAGUACGUGAUCAACUUCGAUUAUCCAUCGUCAUCAGAAGACUACAUCCACAGAAUUGGUAGAACUGGACGUUCACAUUCAACUGGUACGAGUUAUGCAUUCUUCACACCACAGAACAGCCGACAGGCUAAGGAUCUGAUUAAUGUACUUAAAGAGGCUAAUCAAGUAGUCAAUCCGAAGCUGGCUGAACUUGCUGCCAAGAGUGGAGGUGGAUCUUACGGUGGACGCAAUCGUUGGGGAUAUGGGGGUGGUAGAGGCGGACGUGAAAACACAUUCUCAGGUCAACAUAAACGAUUUGACAGCCGUAGCAAUGGCUAUGGAAGUUACAGUUGAUUAUAUAAAACAACUAAUGGCCACGUCAAUCGAGCCAAUUCCUGGGAGUCUGGAUACAAUCACAGUAAUUUUUGAAACUGUGAUUUAAAUAAGAAAAAAAAGAGAAAAUUAAAAAAUAGGUCGAUUUCCAGUUACCCAAAACGCAAUCGGUUAUCAGUGGUUUCAAUAUUUCAAUAAUUUCAUUUGUAUUUAUCAUAAUUAUCACGAAGGUACCUUUUUAGCUUCAGGUGUCUCACAUGCUGGCAAAGAUUUAGGAUUGAUUUAUCGAGUUUUUGCAUUGGUGAUACGUCGUAGUUUCAAUUCUCAUUUCGUAUUCAUAUAGAUCAAAUGAUUCGCUUAUUUUUAUUAGUUUAGUUUAAAUAAAUGAAUUUAUUCCCCAUAGAAAUUCGCUUGGAAUUCAGAUAUCGCGUUUGAACGUGGACCAUGUUUUUUGAUUUAAAUUAUUGAAGAAAGCUAAUAAUGAAGAAAGACCCCUUCAGUAUUCAUUCCAUCGAUUCUGGAAUAUGGUCAGGAUCUUACAUAUAUUUGAUCUGUAACCACUAGUUUUUAUUUUCUGUAUCCUUGUUAUUAUAAUCGGUGUACACCAAAUUCAAUAGAACUGAACGAAAAAUUUGAGGAACUUGGCGUUUUCACAGUCAUAUCAUCCAUACAUAAUUUUUCGUCGUGAUUGUAAAACUGUUACAAGGAUUAUUAUAAAGGAAAUGUCAAUCUGAUUGGGCUUGCCCAUAAAACGAAUAAAAUACAAAUUCAAUGAUGA